AUGAACAGCGCAUGCCCCGGCGGCUGUGGGGGGCAUGGCGGCGGCUGGAGUAGAGCCAUUGUGUAUUAUAUUGAAACUGUGGAAACAAAUCUAGUGUUACAGGGCAAUAGUUACCAAUGGAACCAACCAGCAUUACAGGGCAGCAUUUUAUCCAGUGGAAGAAAUGUUUUUCUGCCACCGACUCCCCCGGGAGUCUACUCUCCAGGACCGUGGCUCCAGCUCUCUGGGAGCCUCGUAUACGGCGUUCACUCCCUCGCCGGUCCCACUGCCGGUUCCUCCGCCGGCCCGUCUGUCAGCUCUCUCGCUGAGUCCGCUGCUGGUUUCCUCACCGGCUACGCUGCCCGCUCCUUUACCGGAUCCGUAGCUGGUUCCUUCUCUAGUCUUGCUGCCGACGUCGUCUCCACCUUCUCCGUCGGCUCCUUUAAGAAUGCAGCUCUUGCUGCUGUAGCUGCAGCUUCCUUCGCCGGCCCCUUUAACGGCGCGGCUCUCGCUGCUGCAGCUGCCGUUGCCACGACUUCCCCCGUCGGGCUGGGUACACGGGCUCCGCGGGUGCGGGUCCCGCUCUCGGGCUUCCCUGCGGGCUUUCCCCACUUCCCUCCUGGCCCCGCUUCCGGGGCCGCCUUUUCUCUCUGCCGGGCGGCGUCUCCCACCGGCGUCGCCCGGCCCCAGCUGUAUAUAAACGCGGCUUACAAACUGUGCUGGCGGUCUCGUCGCGUGUGUGUCCCUGCCUGUCCCGGCCUCUGUGUGGGAGAUGGAUGCUGUGCCUGCCCAGGAACCCAGUAUAGAAACCAGUUUAGAGCUCCCAGGAGCACAGCAAGAGGGAUGCCUUCAUGCAAUUUGUUGGACUGUUUUAUUGCAUGGGACGGGAGAGAUGAAUACCCAGAGGGUCUGAAGAGGCUGUCCAUGUUGCAUGUCUCCUUCCAUAUCCUCUUGGAUGUUUUCUUUUUAACCCCCUCUUUGUGUUGGGGCCUUUCACCUCUCAAACUGUGUAGGACAUGAGCUGUGGGGAGACUCCUGAAGUCACUGGAGAAGAAGCCCUAUGGAUGUACACCUGGAGAGGUUCUCAGAAAAGAAGCUCCCUUGCUCUGGAGUCUUUUUGAUAUUUUUUAAAUGUGCCCCUCUGUUGCUGAGUUUGGCCAGUAGUUCUUCCUUUCUAUAUAUAAGAGCCUCUGCCUCAUCAAGAUCUCUGCUUGUUUUGAUCUGUGCUUCUUUAGAAAUAGUUAAAACACAAGAAUUCAAAUGGGAGGCCCUGAAUUGAAACAUUUCACAAUAUUUUUCGUCUUUUGAUGAAUACAGUUUUUUGUUUGCUUUUGUGGCAGAGAUUAGAAACACUGAGGGUGACUAAUGCUGAUAACUUUAUUUGCUUUCAUUUAAACAAUUUAAAUAUUUGGCCUGUGUGUGAGAUUUCUUUUUUAAAUGUACAUAAUGUUUUGGAUAUUGGAGAGCAUCUGGAAAAUACAGGCACUUUAAUGUUUAAAUAAAAUCCU